GUCCAUAGACAAACAUUAAGUGAUAUAUAUAUAUUUUAGAUGUACAUGUUGUCAAUGAAUAUAAUAUAGCUACUACUGUUGCUUUAAAAUAGAGAUUGACAGCAUAAAUAACAUUUGUUUCGAUUUUUAUAUUGUGCAUCACAUGGUCUCAUUUCCUGCACUGAAACAGGGGCCUUGAAGUUCAGUUCUUUCGUCUCCCAAGCCGUACCAUAAGACACCAAAAUCAGCAAGGGAUCACACCACGCUGUCCUUGUCAAGUACCCUGUUCUGUCACAAUGCUCUGAGUCACCUUCCCGUUGCAACAUGUACAUCACAGACCACAGCCCAACUACUGGGGUGGUGACAAUCGUAGUGAUCCUCAUUGCUGUUGCUGCCCUCAGUGUUCUCAUCUGCGGAUGUUGGUGCUACCUGCUCCUGCAGCGGAUUGGCCAGUCUGAAGAUGAGGAGAGUAUUGUAGGAGAGGGCGAGACCAAGGAGCCCUUCCUGAUGGUACAGUACUCCACCAGGGGCCCUCACGCCGAGCACAAAACCAAGCUCGCCCACAACGGCACUGAGAAUCACACUUAACUGAGUCAUUAAGAAACUGUGUCAUCACCUAAUAUUAACCAAGAGGAUCACCUCAUUCACAUUUCCUGCUGAUCAUCAUCUUUCAUCGUGCCAUUGAAGGAUGAUAAACAGACUGCAGCUCAAUGUCUUAUGAGGAAAUGUGAUAUUUUUGUUUCUCAUUCCAUUGUGUGGAUCUCAGGAUGUGAGGUUGAGAACAGUUCAUUGUUAGGUUUCUUAAGUAUACAUAUUUUGAACUCAAAAAUGUACAUCUGAUCGAUGUUGAUAGUUUUUGUUAACUCAGCAAUCCACUACUGAAUUGUGACGGUAGACAGCGCUCUGAACAAAUGAGUGGGCAAAACCUUCUUCAGAGCUUGUUGGAAGAAUGUAUGACAAAUUGAUGACAAAACAAUUUACUUAAUUUCAAGUUGCUCAAAUUAUUUUAAAUUUGCUUAAUUUGUUUGUUUGUUUUGCAUAGUUGAACUUGGUUUUAUUUACCUUCAGUAUUCAAAUGUGAGUUAAUAGCCAUUUUAAUAAUUUGCUAAAUGCCAGAUUUGCCCGAAGAUAAAAAGUGUGAUUCA